AAGCCCGCGCAUCGCCCAGUCCUCAGGGAGCGGCCUCCGCUCGACUGUGCGGGGGAACUCGGCCGUCUCGUACUUUUCAGGGUUCUCAAACCCGAGAGCCAAAGAAUUCAUACACGAAGUGAGCAAAUGCCAAGGGAAAGAGACCUCCAGGACAGUAUGUUCAAAUCUCCCAGGGUGCCGGAUUGUCACUCGCCACCAUCACAGCUUGACGAAGAUUUUACGGCAAUGACCAAGGCGCGUAAAGCACUGGGGAAAGACUUGCGGGGGAAACAAGGCGACGGUCGUGGCUGUAGCCCCCGUAAUGUCUUACUGCCUAAAAUUGAGCUGUUGGGAGCGUCGUGCGCUGGUUUGUCACUAGAAAAUUGAGGAACUAGGAUCGGAUGAAGGUGUUCGAUAUGUCGGAACCGGGCAGGUCACGCGGGAUGGAGCAUUUCACCGCUAGUGGGUUCGGAACGCGCCCAUCAAUUUCAGCGA